AUGGGUGCUAAGCAAAAGGGCGGAGGCUCAAAGCCCAAGGGAAAUACUGCCGAUGAGGUAGAAGAUACACUACAGGCCGUGGUCCUCGCGGAUACCUUUGAGCCACGAUUUGAGCCCUUCACCCUCAAUAAGCCUCGUUGCCUUCUGCCGUUGGCCAACACCCCCAUCAUCGAAUACACCCUCGAGUUUUUGGCAAAUGCAGGUGUGGAGGAAGUUUUUCUCUACGGAGGCGCACACUCGGAUAUUCUAGAGAAAUAUAUCAAUGCCUCUAAAUGGAGAGCGGCUUCAUCUCCAUUCAAGCAAUUCACAUUCCUCAAAUCAACCUCUGCCUCCGUUGGUGAUGUCAUGCGUGAUCUGGAUGGAAAGCACCUUAUCACCGGUGACUUUAUUGUCGUCAGCGGCGACGUGAUCAGCAACUUGCCCAUCGAAGGCGCAUUAUCUAAGCACCGAGCCCGCCGUGCCACCGACAAGAACGCCAUCAUGACCAUGGUCCUCCGGGAAGCUGGACGGACUCACCGCACUAAAGCAUCGUCUGUCUCCCCGGUCUUCGUUAUCGAUCCUACCAAAGAUCGUUGUCUCCACUACGAGGAAAUCGACCACCACUCGGACGAGAACCCCGCCCGACUCACCAUUGACACCGAGCUCCUCAUGACUCACCCUGAGCUGGAUAUUCGUCAAGACCUGAUCGACUGCAGCAUUGAUAUUUGCACACCCGAUGUACUGGGCUUGUGGUCUGACAGCUUCGACUACCAAUCCCCUCGCAAGCACUAUCUGUUCGGUGUUCUCAAGGACUACGAGCUGAACGGAAAGACCAUCCACACACAUAUCAUUAAAGAUCACUAUGCCGCGCGGGUAAGGAAUUUGAAGGCGUACGACGCUGUUAGCAAAGAUAUCAUCUCCCGCUGGACAUACCCGCUGUGUCCUGAUACCAACUUGCUCCCCGGUCACACCUACGAUCUUCGCAAGGGCAGCUUGUACCAAGAGCAGGGUGUCACAUUGGCGCGAUCCUGCGUGAUCGGUCGCCGCACAGUCAUCGGCAAGGGCACUAGUAUUGGUGACAAGACAACAGUUCAGAACACUGUGCUAGGCCGGAACUGCAAGAUCGGCCGCAACGUCAAGCUGGAGGGCGCUUACAUCUGGGAGAAUGUUUCAAUUGGUGAUAACGCGGAUAUUCGGGGCGCCAUCAUCGCGGAUGAUGUUGUAAUUGGCAAGAACUGCAAGGUCGCGGCCGGUGCUCUCUUGUCGUAUGGCGUUAAGAUCGCCGACGGCAUAUCAGUUGAGAGCGGCAAGCGAAUCACCGCAUUCCGGCGAGACGGCAGCGCAGCGACCACCGAUGCAAAGGUGGUUGGAGCCGACGGCGAAGGCCGCGAGUUCAUUCACGGCGAAGACGAUGACGAAGACGACGACGACGAUGUCGUCAGUGUCGCCUCCUCUGGCCUUGUAUACCGCAUGCCAGGUCUCUCUCUCUCCUCCGCUUCCAUCUCCACCUUAUCCUCCGAACUGUCCGACGGCUCCUGGCCCCGUUCCGGACGAAGCAGCUUCUCUGACGGCGAAGAACAAGACAACUUCCACCAUGAUGCAUCGGCCAGUAUCUUCGAAAGUAUCCGCGAAGGUGUCAGCGCCGACGUCGUCCAACUGGAACUCGUCAGUCUUCGCAUGACAGCCAACGCCUCCGAUAAUCAAGUCCGCCGCGCCAUCGUCUCCUCAUUCAUGAAACACGUUCAACAACUCAUGGAAACUGGCAAGAAUGCCAGCGAUGUGGUGCACGACCUCUUCUCCACAUACCGGGAAGUUGUGGACCGGACGCUGUUUGACCGGAACAAAAACGAAAAGAAAGAUCAAGUUGAUCUGCUACUCCAAUUACAGCAGGAUCUGGUGCACCGGAAUAAGGGUGCGAAUAUUCUGCUAUUCUCUGCCAAGGUGCUCUAUGAUCUUGAGCUUGUGGAUGAGGAGGCUUAUGAUCAGUGGUGGAAUGAUGAGCGUUCUAGCGAGAGUGAAGAGAUGCGGAACGUCCGUAGCCAGGCACAACAGUUUGUGAACUGGUUGGCGGAAGCUGAAGAGGAAAGUAGUGAGGAGGAAGAAUCGGAGGAGGAGAGUGAUGAUGAGUAG